UAUUAGUACUCUUCAUCACAUUAGUAAUGAGCUAAUUAUCAGCAUAAUGAGUUCUAACCAUUCUACCAAAUGACCACAUCAGGUGAAAGGGCAUAUUUGGUAAUCAACAUGGAAAUGAGGCAGACCACUUCUGUUGAGGUUUCUAUGUUUCAAAGCAAGCUUUUCUUUGCCCAAGAUUGUCACCAACCAAAUAUUAUCUUUGCCUUUUCUUUCUCACUCUUUUGUUUUCUAACUAACAGCUUAUAAAGUUUGUUCAGAGGCAAUGCUAAUGGAAGCCUAUAGCUCAUCUUGCACCCCGCCAUGACAACCGAGAAUCUGUUUCUCCGGCUUUUCUUCCUAGCAUCCUUAUCUUUACCUUAUGCCAAAUCCAUUGAUUUCAACUACCCAGCAGUUUUCAACUUUGGUGAUUCAAAUUCUGAUACUGGUGAUCUUGUAGCUUCAGGCCUCGAGGAGAUUACCGAUCCUUAUGGACAGACUUACUUCAAGAAACCGUCAGGGCGAUACUGUGAUGGUCGCUUGAUCAUAGAUUUUCUAAUGGAUCAAAUGGACCUGCCAUUUCUGAAUGCCUAUUUGGAAUCCAUUGGUGCACCUAUUUUCAAGAAAGGUUGCAAUUUUGCUACAGCAGGAUCAACUAUUCUUCCAGCAACUGCUACAUCAGUUAGUCCCUUCUCAUUUGGGGUUCAGGUGGCUCAGUUUCUCCGAUUCAAAGAUCGAGUGCAAGACAUAUCUAAAACAUCAGGUAGGAAGUACGAUAAAUAUAUGCCAUCACAAGAUUCCUUUGCGAAUGCUCUCUACACAUUUGAUAUUGGCCAGAACGAUUUGGCGGGAGCAUUUUAUUCAAAGUCAUUUGAUCAAAUUCUGGCUUCAAUCCCAUACAUUUUGCAAGAAUUUGAAGCUGGAAUUCUGAAAUUGUAUGAUGAGGGGGCAAGGUUCUUUUGGAUUCACAAUACCGGUCCACUAGGUUGCUUACCUCAGAACAUAGCCAAAUUCGGGACUGAUCAAUCAAAGCUAGAUGCACUAGGUUGCGUUACUGCACACAACCAAGCGGCUCAGCUCUUCAACCUGCAACUACAUGCUCUCAGCAGAAAAUUGCAGGGACAAUAUACAGAUGCAAAUGUCACCUAUGUCGAUAUAUUCACAAUAAAGUCUAAUCUUCUUUCAAACUAUUCUAGAUAUGGAUUCGAACAACCAAUCAUGGCUUGCUGUGGAUAUGGUGGUGCACCGUUAAAUUAUGAUAGCCGAGUACCAUGUGGGCUAACAAAAGUCAUAAAUGGAACCUCUGUUACAGCUAAAGGAUGCAGUGAUAGCACAGAGUAUAUAAACUGGGAUGGAAUUCAUUAUACAGAAGCAGCUAAUCAGUAUGUUGCAUCACAAAUACUCACAGGAAAAUAUUCUGAUCCACCUUUCUCGGACAAAAUGCCAUUUCUCUUAAAGCUUAAGUUCUAAAACACAAUAAUGUAUAUUACAUUAGACCCAGAAAAAAGUAUAGUAUGUAUAAUCCAAUUCAUUCUUUUGAAUCCUGCAAUCAGCAUAUGUUAUGAAUCACAUUUUUUUCUCUGCUCAAUGACAACGGCUCAACCAUUCAUUUCACAAGUGAAA